GUGAUGAACGCGUCAUAGCAAGAUACGGAAGUGCCUAGCGCAGGCAACCAUGCUAUGCUAGGCUAGUCAAAAAUGGCGCUGCGUAAGCUGUGUGCUAACAUGUUUUAAUUGUGGGUGGUUGUAUUUUCGCGUAUGGAGCAUUUAAAGUAAGCAAAAUAAAUAGUAAUACAAAUCAACAAGCAUCCAUAAAGGAAGCUGGAACACCAACGCUAACGCUGGUCGGUAAGGCGGCUAAGCGACGACUUUUGUGCGGCUGUCGACAUGUCCUCGUUCUCCGAAGCUGCUCUCGAGAAGAAACUGUCCGAGCUAAGCAACUCUCAGCAGAGCGUCCAGACGCUGUCUCUUUGGCUCAUCCACCACAGGAAGCACUCCAAGACCAUUGUGCACGUUUGGUACAACGAGCUCGUUAAAGCUCCGGUGUCACGCAAGCUGACUUUCCUCUACUUGGCUAAUGACGUCAUUCAAAACAGCAAACGGAAAGGACCGGAGUUCACGCAGGAUUUCGCACCGGUCAUCGUUGAUGCCUUUAAACAUGUUUACAGAGAGUGCGAGGACGGUUGUAAGAAGCAAUUAGGCCGGGUGUUGUCCAUCUGGCAGGAGAGAGCCGUCUACGAAAAUGAGCUCCUCGACCAGCUGUCCAGAGUCAUCUAUGGCGAGAAGAAGCCCAUGAAGAGGUCCUACGAGUCCAUCCAAGCCCUGAACGACAACUUUUCAGGACAGACUUCUCCAGCCGAGCCCCCACAGACAUCUGAGUUGAUCCGAGCGCUUCAGGAGCUGGAGAACGCCACCUCGGAAGACUCACUCCUGCGUCAGCGCAUUUCCUCGCUGCCCGCCGAGGUGCAGGACACGUCACUGCUGCACAGGAUCACAGAUAAGGAGUCUGGCGCACGUUUUUCGCGCCAGGUGGAUGACGCCUGCAUGCUGCUGGCCGACUACAGCGGCCGCCUGGCAGCCGAAAUCGAUGACCGGCGGCAGCUGACGCGCACUCUGACCAGCUUCCUGCAGAGCCAGCGGGACGGUCUGGUGCACAACGAGCACAAACUCGAGGAAUACAAACGCAAACUGGCCCGAGUGAGCCAGGUCCGAAAAGAGCUGCGAUCCCGCUUGAACAAUCUCCCAGGCGGACUACACAACUCCUCCACCUGACAUUCGACCUGGGAUCGCUCUCUCCUCUUUUAGCAUUUUGUUGUCUUUUUUUUUCCGGUGCAAAAAAACAGCAGUGUGUUUUCAAUUCCUUCACUUUGUUUUGCUCAUUUAAUGCAUAUUGUUAUUGCUUUUUUUCCCCAUGUAUACUCAUAGCCCGCCCUUCUUGCCAACUUGUUUUGUCCAAUAUUCUGUAUGGACUGUUCAUUCAAGAUGCAAUUGCAAAAGUGUGAUUAAGGAGUCAGUGCACAUACCGGUAAAAAUUCGUGGCUGCAUGUAAAUAUCUUAUUUCUGAAUUCAUGUCAAUAUGAUUUUUUUUCCAUUCUGCUUGUGGUAUUUUGUACAUAUCUGCUGGUGUCCAAUAAAGAAAAAUGGCUAUGAAGGUACUGUA